AUGAAAGAUUCUUCUCUGUUCAUUGGCUUCGCUGUCACCCUUCUUGCGGUCUUCAUCGCCGACAAGCUUCUUCAAGCGAGGAAGAAUGCCAAUCGUCCCCCUCUCCCCCCCGGCCCAAAGGGGCUACCGCUCGUUGGAAAUAUUCGCGACUUGCCUCAGCCGACUGAAUUCGCAGCUCGCUUUUGGCUGAAGCACAAGGAUCUAUACGGUCCGAUCAGCUCCGUUCAGGUGCUUGGUAAGACAUUGAUUAUCAUCAAUGAUGCCCAGGUAGCAUCCGAAAUGCUUGACAAGCGUUCUUCCGAGUUUUCGUCCCGGCCGACCAUCGUCCUUGCAGGCGAAAUGGUCGGAUGGAACGACGGCACAGGGCAGCUGAAAUACGAUGACACUCUUCGCCUCCAUCGGAAAGUGUUUUCUCGGAUUCUCGGGACGCGAUCAACCGCAGCACAGUACAAUACGUUGCAAGAGGCCGAGGUGGGCCACUUCCUCUUGCAUGUGCUUGACAACCCGAAGAAACUCACGGAGCAUAUUGCAAGGGAAGCUGGCUCUGUCAUUCUGAAUAUCGUCUACGGCUACAACGCCGAACAGUUCAAGAAAGACCCCUUGACUGGGAUGAUGAAUGACGCUAUGGAACACUUUGCCUACGCAGCUACCCCUGGGAACUUUCUUGUCGACAUCAUUCCAAUUCUGCAAUAUGUUCCUGAAUGGUUUCCUGGAGCUGGAUGGAAGAAGAUCGCCAACAAGUGGGCUGCUGAACUGAAAGAGACCGUCGACACCGGAUACAAAUUCGUAGAAGACCAGUUGGCUUCGGGGAAGAAGAACGACUCGUAUCUCUCACGAGCGAUGUCGAGCAGCGAAGACACCCCCGAGAACGUGCACAACAACAAAUGGACUGCGGCAUCCCUAUUCGGUGGUGGAGCAGAUACGUCUGUCGCAUCAAUAGCCACAUUCUUCCUCGCGAUGGCGAAGUACCCCGAGGUGCAGAAGAAGGCGCAGGAAGAGAUCGACCGCGUCAUUGGCAGCGACCGCCUACCUAACCUUGACGACCGCGAUAAGUUGCCGUACAUCGAAGCAAUCGUUCUAGAGAUUCUGCGAUGGCAUCCCAUUGGGCCCAUGGGUCUUCCACAUUCAUGUGAUCAAGAUGUCGUCUUUAGGAAUUAUUUGAUCCCGAGAGAUUCAUACUUGAUGCCAAACGUAUGGUGGUUUACCCAUGAUCCAGAGGUCUACCAAGAUCCCAUGGAGUUUCGACCAGAACGAUUCCAAGGCUCCAAGCCAGAAAACAAUCCGCGCAAGAUUGUUUUCGGCUAUGGCCGUCGCAUAUGCGCUGGACAGAUUCUUGCUGAGAACUCGUUAUUCCUCAACUUCGCACAGUCGCUUGCCGUGUUUAACAUAGAGAGCCCUAUUAUCGACGGUAAAGUGGUUGAGCCCGAAGCAGAGUUCAAUCCGGGUGUGAUCAGUCAUCCCGCACCAUUCGACGUUUCUAUCAAACCCAAAUCCCUGCACCAUGAGAAGCUCAUCCGGUCAAUUGAGGACAGGUUCCCAUGGCAGGCGUCAGAUGCCAAGGAUUUAAGAUAA